GAGAGAGAGAGAGGCUGCACCUCUAGGGGGACUCCCGACUUCAGUGGAUAGUAGCAGCGCGUGAAGAAGCAUGAAGACCAACGUGACUGUAUCAGAAGCGUGCGUGAGAAUGUAACCAUCGCCCAGUCACUCCCCGUACACGCACACUCACGCUGUCGGACAAGCGACAGUUCCACUCCGUGAUUUCGCUACUGAAGGACACUGCGCUGCUGAUUAAUGGGGGCUUUCGACUCAGGUGGCCGAGAGAUGCAGAGAUCCUGGCUCUAUACAAGGAUUUUCUGUUGACCCUGUGCUUAAGUGGGUGUCCCGGAACUUGACAAACCCUGAGCUCAGAAAAAUGCUGGUAAUAUCAUCUCUCUACACUAGAGUAAAUGCAGUGCCUUGCUAAAGGGAGCAGUGCCGCCACACAAAGGGGAAGCCACACAGAAUGUCUUGGGUCAAUGGCUUUAAAGCUGCAAGAGUGGAUAAUCAUAAGACGGCGUGGGGAGAGCGCAAUGGCAGGAAAUCGAGGCGUAAAAGGGGCUCAUCCUUGUGCAACCCACGCUACAUGAGCUGUCUACGGGACUCCGCAUCCAUAGAGCCCCCGUCACAACACUACUCCCGUGCAGCAGGGGGCGCCACCAGCAGCAACUUCAGCACACGCUGCGUUUGGCAGGAAGACCAUUAUGGCAGGAAGGGUGAUGUGGGUCUGAGAGCCGUGGACCUGGCGUUUGAAGAUGCUGAGACGAGGAAAAAGAAAGAUGGUGAGGACCCAGAUGACGGCGGGGAGGAGCGAAAGGGUCCCGACAGGUGUUUUUCAACUUGCUUGUUGCGUCUGGCUGAGGUUUUUCAGUCCAAGAAGUUCAAGUCAGCCAAACUCGAGCGACUGUAUCAACGGUACUUCUUCAGGCUCAACCAGAGCUCUCUUACGUUGCUGAUGGGGGUCCUGGUUGUGGUUUGUGGGGUUAUGCUGGCGUUCCACUGCGUCCAAGGUCCACCAGAUGUGGCGUUUGCCUCGGUGCUCUCCGUUGCCAUGGGCCUUUUCUUAGCCUUGAUGGUGGUGUGUAACAGAAAUGGCUUCCACCAGGACUACAUGUGGAUCGUGAGCUACUUGGUCAUGGGGGUGUUAGUGGUGGUGCAGGUGUUUGGUUUGUUGAUGGUGGAUCCACCCAGCGCGUCUGAAGGGAUAUGGUGGACGGUGUUCUUCAUCUACAUCAUCUACACGCUGCUGCCGGUGCGAAUGAGGGCGGCUGUGAUCACCGGAGCUGUGCUGUCCACCAUUCAUAUUAUUAUGGCUUGGAGACUCAACCUUGAGGAUUACUUCCUUUCUAAACAGCUAUGUGCCAAUGCAGUGAUUCUCCUGUGCACCAACAUCAUUGGCAUCUGCACGCACUACCCAGCUGAGGUGUCUCAGAGACAGGCCUUCAAGGAGACCAGAGGAUACAUCCAAGCCAGAAUACACCUUCAGAGAGAGAACCAGCAGCAGGAGCGCCUGCUUCUCUCCGUGUUGCCAAGGCACGUUGCCAUGGAGAUGAAGGCAGACAUCAACGCCAAGAAAGAGGAUAUGAUGUUCCACAAGAUCUACAUCCAGAAACACGACAACGUCAGUAUCCUGUUUGCGGACAUUGAGGGCUUCACCAGUUUGGCGUCUCAGUGCACGGCCCAGGAGCUGGUGAUGACCCUUAAUGAGCUUUUUGCUCGCUUUGAUAAAUUGGCUUGGGAAAACCACUGUCUGCGUAUCAAGAUCUUGGGAGAUUGUUAUUACUGUGUGUCUGGACUUCCGGAGCCGAGGGCAGAUCAUGCGCACUGCUGUGUGGAGAUGGGAGUGGACAUGAUUGAGGCCAUAUCAUUGGUGCGAGAGGUCACAGGAGUGAACGUGAACAUGCGCGUGGGCAUACAUAGCGGCCGCGUGCACUGUGGGGUGCUUGGUCUGCGCAAAUGGCAGUUUGAUGUCUGGUCCAAUGAUGUCACACUGGCCAACCAGAUGGAGGCGGGAGGCCAAGCAGGUCGGAUCCACAUCACCAAAGCCACACUGCAGUAUUUAAAUGGUGACUAUGAAGUGGAACCAGGUUAUGGAGGGGAGAGAAAUGCAUACUUGAAUAACAACAACAUUGAGACAUUUUUGGUGUUGGGCUGCAGUCAGAAACGGAAAGAGGAAAAAGCCUUGAUGGCUAAGAUGCAGCGCGCUAGAGCCAACUCUUCAGAGGGUCUGAUGCCGCGGUGGGUUCCUGACAGAUCUUUCUCCAGGACUAAAGAUUCCAAAGUUUUCAGACAGAUGGGCAUAGAUGAAGCCUCCAGCAAAGAUAACCGCUGUGCCCAAGAGGCUCUAAAUCCAGAGGAUGAGGUCGAUGAGUUUUUAGGUCGUGCCAUUGAUGCUCGCAGCAUCAACCAGCUGCGGAAAGACCACGUCAAGAAGUUCCUGCUCACAUUCCAAACACCUCUUUUGGAGAAAAAGUAUUCAAAAAAGGUGGAUGAUCGUUUUGGUGGUUAUGUGGCCUGUACUCUCCUUGUCUUCUGCUUCAUUGUUUCUAUACAAAUCAUCAUAUUUCCACAUACACCGUUAAUGCUGGGCAUGUUCAUCAGCAUCUUUGUUAUUCUCGCCCAUGUCCUCUUUAUAUGUGCCAUUUAUUCCUGCGCUAAGCUUUUCCCAGUUAGCUUGCAGACAGUGUCAAAGAGGAUCGUUCAAUCCCGCAUCAACAGCACGCUCGUUGGAGUCUUUACGAUUCUGCUUCUCUUCAUUUCUGCCUUUGUUAAUAUGUUUACCUGUGACCUGGAGGAUCUGCUGGAAUGUAUGGCUGGACAGCUGAAUAUUUCUGAUUCAGUCACACUGUGUUUGCUGUAUAAUCUGACUGGGCCAGCAGGGGACCCUUUCUUCCUGUGUCCCGAACAGCCUUCAGCAUGUCCUUUACCCGAGUAUUUCACAUACAGUGUGCUGCUGACACUGCUGUGCUGCUCUGUGUACCUGCACAUCAGCAGUAUAGGCAAGCUGGUCCUCAUGCUCUUCAUCCAGGUCUGCUUUCUGCUGCUAGUGGAGUGGCCCCUAGGCAGUCUCCUGGACAACGCCGACCUGCUGGUCACCGCCAAUGCACUGUAUUCUUUCAAUGAAACAAAUUAUUGCCAGGAAACGGUGACUAAAGUGUCUCUGAGGGUGUCGAUUCCAGUCGUCCUCACUGUGUUUGUGCUGGCUCUCUAUCUGCACGCACAGCAGGUCGAGUCCACCGCACGCCUUGAUUUCCUGUGGAAGCUACAGGCCACUCAAGAGAAAGAGGAGAUGGAGGAGCUGCAGGCUUACAACCGCCGUCUCCUUCACAACAUCCUGCCCAAAGAUGUGGCUGCCCACUUCCUCGCGCGAGAACGUCGAAACGAUGAGCUUUACUAUCAGUCAUGUGAAUGUGUGGCCGUUAUGUUUGCUUCUAUCAGCAACUUCUCGGAGUUCUACACUGAACUGGAGGCCAACAAUGAGGGUGUGGAAUGCCUAAGACUGCUCAAUGAGAUCAUCGCUGACUUUGAUGAGAUCAUUUCUGAAGAGAAAUAUAAGCAAUUGGAGAAGAUCAAAACUAUCGGUAGUACUUACAUGGCAGCAUCCGGAUUGAACGACUCCACGUACGACAAAGAGGGCCGCUCACACAUUCUAGCUCUGGCUGACUAUGCCAUGAGGCUACGAGAACAGAUGAAGUACAUCAACGAACACUCAUUCAACAACUUUCAGAUGAAGAUAGGUUUAAACAUGGGGCCAGUGGUUGCUGGUGUGAUUGGAGCCAGAAAGCCUCAGUAUGACAUUUGGGGCAACACCGUGAAUGUGGCCAGUCGAAUGGACAGCACAGGUGUUCCCGAUCAAAUCCAGGUGACCACUGACUUGUACCAUGUACUAGAAAGUAAGGGCUAUCAGCUGGAGUGUCGUGGACUGGUGAAAGUGAAGGGGAAAGGAGAUAUGACCACUUACUUCCUCAACAGUGGUCCUGCCUGCAGUUAACACUGACCAAAUGCCUCUCAAUGCACUGAAAUGCAGGAAGGACAACAAAAUGCUCUGAAUGGGAUUGAGCAGAUCCAAAUAUAUCCACUCAUAAGCUCUCUCGCUCACGAGCAUUAGUGGGCAUGUGUGGUAUUUAUAUAUGCACCUAUUGGGAAUAAUGAGGUACGCUCUACCUGAAAGAUUUAAUGAAGAACUUUUGCCUUAGAUGGAGAUGACUUUGAAGAAAGCUUGGUUUUCAUUUUUAUUUUGUGGGAAAGACUUCUUCCAUACCAAAUUUUAAUUCUUUAUUUAUUUUGACAGGUUUUAAAACAUGUAAAUAAAAAAAAUUAUUAUAUAUGCAAGCAUCAAGAAGCAAGAAGAAACUGACCAAAGAACAAAGCAUUUGAAAUAGGAACACUAAACACGUCUGGAAACUGUUUGAAAUGUCUGAACAAGUGUUAUUCAAUUGUCUGGAUUUCCUUUUUUGGCCUCUUGUCACUACCGGCCGUACUCUAUUAUAAACACUAAAGCAAAAAAUGUCUAUCUUCUUUAAAGGUCUUAGGAAAAGGAAUCCUAAUUACAGUGACUUGUAUUUACAGUUUGUAUGAUUAAGUGAUCAACCUGUUUUUCCUUUUAGUAUUUGUGUACUUAACUUAAAUGAAGGACAAGAAUGGUCUUGGACAAAUUUGAUUAGUCAUGUUCAUUUACUUUAUUGUUUGUGUGGAAGGUGUGUGAAUGUGCGUGUGUGUCAUCUUUAAAGGGCAUACUAGCUCACUGUGAGAUUUAUAAAGUGAAUUUAAAAGCGAUUGUUGCCAGAUUAAGUGCUAAUCAGAUUAUAUUUUUCACAUUUCUGUGUUCAUUUGUUAACAGAAUGUUAUUUCCCUCUCACUGACAUUUUUAAAUGUGUAACACAAAUUUCAGAUCUUAAUUCAUUCCUGUAGAAAUUAAUGGGG